CUUCUGUCUUGGGUGUCUUGGUUUUACGGAUGGUAGCGGUACUCAGCAACACGAUCAACUGCCAAGUACAACGAUCAAAGCAGUUAUAGGAGUAUUAUAGCUUUCCAUACGGUCCCGGCCACUGAGCAGUGGCAUUUCGCGUCACCGGUGUACAAGUUUCGAAGACCGUUGGUCUCGCCUCACGUAAAAGGCGAGUGAUCGAGAAAAGGUACCUGUCUGUGCCAGCCGAAGCUGUGCACCGGAGCUAUUGGCAACUGUUGGAUUCGAUUAGUACUCAACAAUCUUGAUUGGUGUAAUAUUUCACAGUGUUUAGAUCGUGUUUACCACAACUUUAAAGAAUCGACCAACAAUCAUGGAGACUUUAAUAUUACUUUCCAUUAUUCUAACAAGUUGUGUGGUAGCUACGAUUGGACAAACUCCCCCCGAAGGUCGAAUUAAUCUAAUCACUUGUAACUGUGACGACGGCCAGUGCAAUGGGGGUACAAUUUGCGAUUCAACGUAUUCAUGUUACACUCUCUGGGAACUACAGCCCGACGACACCGCCACUUUCACUCGUGGAUGUCUAGACUACGGCCAAACCGUCACCAGGUGCGGAGUUGAUUCUCCUGAGCCCAUUAUGUGCUGCAGUCAAGGACUGUGCAACGACAAAGAUCCUUUCCCAGCUGAUCCAAGUCUCAUUCCAACUGGAGAGUGUGACACAGACCCUUGCUUGAAUGGCGGCACGUGUGUACAGCUAGUGGGUCGAAUAAUAUGCCAGUGUACAGACAAUUAUUUUGGCUCCAACUGCCAAGAUUUUAUGAGAAGCUCUCCCACAUGUACUACUGGCAGCUUUCAUGGAGUGACUGGAGGUGAAAUCUUUUCACCUGGGUAUCCAGGUCAAUAUGCAGACCGAGAUGCGUGUUAUUCUGUGAUCACCUACCCUGGUGCAUUUAGCAUUAAACUUACUUUCCAUAUGUUGGAUUUGGAGUCAGGAAAGGAUUACUUGGAUAUUGGUACUGGUCCAACACCAGACCCAGCCAAUGCCAUGUAUACAUAUAUGGAUAGAUAUCCCACUCCACCAGAUCCUAUUAUAAUUGAGUCUGAUGUCGUAUGGCUCAGUUUUGAGGCAGAUUUCAACGUCCCAGCUAAUGGCUACCACAUCAGUUUUAGUAUUGAUUCAAACGACUGUGACCAAGAUCCACCUCCGUGUCCUGCUGGACAACUCUGUCUUGAUGGCCAGUACGGACCUACGUGUGUGGAUAUUGAUGAAUGUUGGAGUUCCCCUUGUCUAAAUGGUGGUGCUUGUACCAAUGUUGAUAACGGAUUUAUUUGUGUAUGUCCAGAAGGAUACGAUGGGAAUACCUGUGAGAUACAAAUCAAUCCAUGUCUCAGUAAUCCUUGUGGCAGUAACGGCGUAUGUACCAACCUUUUGACGUCUUACACAUGUUCAUGUAUGAAUGGAUUUACUGGCCCAUUUUGUUUGCAAGAUUUAAACGAAUGUUCCAGUGAUCCAUGUCAGAAUGGUGGCACUUGUAAUAAUCUACAAAACAUGUACCAGUGUAUAUGUCUACCGGGGUAUACAGGAAUUAACUGUCAAAUCAAUAUUAAUGAAUGCGCAAGUAAUCCGUGUCAGAAUGGAGCAACGUGUAUAGAUGGUAUUAAUAGAUACACAUGUAACUGUCCACCUGGUUACAGUGGAGCUCACUGCACAAUAGAUAUCGACGAAUGUGCCAGCAAUCCUUGUCCAAAUGGCCAAUGUAAUAACAAUGUUAACGGAUUUGUCUGUGUCUGCAACGGUGGUUGGCUUGGCGUCACGUGUAACCAAGAUUUAGAUGAGUGUGCCAGUAAUCCGUGUUUGAAUGGAGCAACGUGCCUCGACCUGGAAAACCAAUAUGUGUGCAACUGUUUCCCUGGCUACACAGGCACACGUUGCGAGAUCGACGUUGAUGAAUGUGCAAGUUCACCAUGUAGGAAUGGAGGUCUCUGCAAUGAUCUGAUUAACAUGUACACAUGUGGAUGUUUACCGGGAUAUACAGGAUACAACUGUGAGAUAGACAUCAACGAGUGUCAAAGUUCUCCAUGUGUUAAUGGCAUCUGUAUUGAUGGAAUUAAUUCCUAUACCUGUCAAUGCAAUCUUGGAUACACUGGUUUAAACUGUCAAAUAGACUACAACGAGUGUGAUAGUUCGCCAUGUCUAAAUGGCGGUGCUUGUCUGGAUCUCCUGAAUAUGUACACAUGUCAAUGUCUACCCGGUUGGACAGGUGUUAAUUGUGAAAUAGAUAUUGAUGACUGUCUCAACGAGCCAUGUGAGAAUGGAGCCACAUGUGUUGAUGGAGUUGGAGAGUUUAGUUGUAUAUGUAUACCUGGUUAUGAAGGAAAUCUGUGUCAUAUUGAUAUUGAUGAGUGUGCAAGCAGUCCUUGUUUCUAUGGCAACUGUGUCAAUAAUAUCAAUUCUUACACAUGUGUCUGUAAUCCUGGAUAUGAAGGAGUGACUUGUGGCAUUGAUAUUGAUGAAUGUGUGAGCAACCCGUGUAUCCAUGGCAGUUGUACUGAUCAUAUUAAUUCCUACAGCUGUGACUGUAACCCUGGAUAUGAAGGGCGCAACUGUGAUAUUGAUAUCAACGAAUGUGAUAGUUCACCAUGUUUGAAUGGCGGUGGUUGUCUUAAUAAAUUGAAUCGUUAUAGUUGUCAGUGUCUGGCAGGUUGGACAGGCGUCAAUUGUGAAAUAGAUAUUGAUGAGUGUGAAAGCAGUCCUUGUAUCUAUGGCAACUGUGUUGAUAACAUCAAUUCUUACAGAUGCAUCUGUAACCCUGGUUACACAGGAGUGAAUUGUGACAUUGAUAUUGAUGAUUGUCACGACCAGCCAUGUGAGAAUGAAGGCACAUGUGUUGAUCACAUUGGAAGUUUUGUUUGCGCAUGUGUACCAGGAUAUGAAGGAACUCUGUGCCAAUUUG